AAAGUGAUAGGCAAACGAGACGCUAGAAACAGCGGAACACGGUGCAUCAUGCAUCAUCCUGGUCUGGCUCACAACCGUUGGCGUGCUUCUGCCCAGGCGAUAAAAAGGCUAUUACGAUAAUGAAUACAGGAACUAUUCCAUACUGUCAAUCUCAUGUACCUAUCAGGGACUGGUAGCUCUCGCCGUCCAAACUUUCUUUGCAUGGAGGAUAAAGUUGCAAGCAUCGGUACAAUGAUUGGUGGCAUUCAUGUCAAGUAUUUCGUGGACUUGGAUAAGGUCAAGAGCAUGUCUUUAAUCUGGUUGUUUGGCUCGGUUGUCACAGACGCCAUCAUUACCGUCACAUUAGUUUGCCAUCUUAGGCAAUCCCGUACUGGGUUUCCUUCCACUGACCACGUCAUAGCAUGUGUUAUUCGGUUGACGGUACAGACUGGCCUACUUACCACAACAUGCGCUUUGGGUGUGGUCAUGUCCUAUCUGAUUGCGGGUACUACAACGAUGCACUUGUCGUUCGGUUUGCCACUAUCUAAGCUGUAUACCACCACCCUCGUGUCUUCACUCAAUGCUCGCAAUGUCUGGAAUCCUGAAGGAUACACAGUAGAGAAAUCUGUAUCACAAACUGGUGUUCGUCCACAGCCGAGGCACACACGUAUGUUUAACGCAACAAGUGGAAUUAACGUUAAUGGCCCGCCUGCGAUAGAAGAAAACUCCACUCUGGACCAUCAUGAGAUGGAGCUGGAGCUCCCAGUAAAGUCUUGGAACAAAAUUUCGUUCUUAGUGUGA